UCCUCCUUAAAUUUGAUGCAAGACCUACCAUAUUUUCUUGCAUAGUCUCUGCUCUCUGUCUCCAAAGAGAAAAAUAAAAGAAGGAAAAACAUGGUUCCUGAAACAGCAAAGCCAACCUACUCCUCAUCCUCCUUCGACGGAGACAAACAUAAAGCACUUGAUCGGGAAGUCAGAGACAUGGUGAAUGCAAUUACAUCUCGUGUUAGUGAUCUGCAAAAGUCAGGGGUAUCCCACCACCACCAGCAGCAGGGCGAGGAUGACGAGCAUGGUGUCAGAAUCAUCACGCUUGCUGGAACAAACACUGGAGCCACAAUGCGAAGCGAGUUGGAUGAUAAACCCAAUUAUAAUCCCCAAGGGCUUUCCGGCGAUGAGCCUGAAGCACUGGGAACCUAUGUCAACAGCAAUUUCCAAGCAAUCAACAACUCCAUCAUGAUUGGUGGCUCCUACAACACCAAUGAUCCUGGUGUACAUUUGGACAUCUCUGACAUUUUUGAACAUCAUGCAUACAGACCAGAUACUAAGCAUGCAAGGAAGGGAAAGAGAAAGGAAAAGGAGGCCGUCAAAUCUGACCAACAAACCGACCAUUCUGCUUAACAUGCCACCGGUGCAACAGCUGCCUCAACCACUACCCAUACCUUAUACUUAGUAUUUCAAAUUAAUUACAAUUCCAGCUUCAAGUUAAGAUUGCAUGUCAUAAAUUAUUUAAUUUGGCAUUUUGAAUAUUUUUGAGCAGGAAUAAACUUCCACCAAAGAACAUGUUAUUUGGUGAUUCAAUAUAUACAUAUAUAGAGUGUGCCAUUUUGUGUUAUAAGUAUAGACCAUAUACUUGAACAUUUUUCAUGUAAGAAACUGCAAAUCAUAUUUUCAUUGAUUGCACAAUGUGUUUGUGUUAAAUACAUCAAUAUAUAUCAAUAUAAAGCAAACAUUUUUUUC